AUGGGUAAUGAUCAAUCACGUACCCUGGGUGGGGACGAUGCCAAGGCAGCGGAGGACAGACCACCAAAUUAUUACGAAUUGCUACAGGUGGAUGAGGAAGCAACUGCAGAUGAAAUCAAACGCUCAUAUAGGAAGCUAGCUUUAGUCCAUCAUCCAGAUAAAAACCCGCAUAGAAUUGAAGAAGCGACGAAGCUAUUUGCAGACAUGCAGCAGGCUUAUGAGAUAUUAAGUGAUCCCAAUGAAAGAGCAUUCUACGAUAAUCACCGGAAUGUACCUGUAGCAGCUACAGAUGACGAUAUCUUCGACCAUGUCAGAUCAGGAGACAAAGCUACGAACGAUCCCAAGUCCAAGCUGAAUAAGAGGAGACAUGGUGAUCCUGGUGUAAGGUUGGAACAGCUCAUGAGGUUCUUUGAUCCUAAAUUGGCUAGAAAGGUGGACGAUACCAAUGAAGGAUUCUAUUCGGUAUAUCGUACGCUUUUUGCACUCCUAGCAUCCGAUGAGACUUUGCAUACACCACCCGACUCGCCACCACUCGUUUAUCCUUCUUUCGGAGACUCAACCACUUCAUAUGCUCCUUCUCAAGGCAUGACCAGAGCUCAGAAAGAUUCCCAAAUAUGGGUCAGAGACUUCUAUCUGGUAUGGACAGAAUUUGUCACGGAGAAGAAAUUUGAAUGGGUAGCAAAAUGGGAUUUGGAAAGAGCUGAGUCGAGGGAUAUUAGGAGAUUGAUGGAAAAGGAGAAUAAGAAGGUUAGAGAUGAUUAUAGGAAGGAAUAUAAUGAGACUAUACGGCAAUUGGUCCUAUUCAUCCAACAUCGAGAUCCUCGAUACAAAGCACAUCAAUCCAAGCUAGCUAGAGAGAAAGCUUCAGCUAAAGCUUCAAAGGCUAAUUCCGGUACUUCCACACCGUCCGGUGCAGCCUCAGGUAUUGAUCCUGAAGCGGCCCGAAGAAGGCAUGAAGAAAGGAUGAGAUCGGCAGCAGAAUAUGAAGAGCAGUCGUGGCAGAAACUUGAUGGAAGGCGUUCUGACGAAGAGGACGAUGAGGAAGAGGAGAAUACGGAAGAACCAGAGACUGGUGAUGGAACGGGAGUUAGACUGGACGAUGGUAUGGGAGGUGAAUUUUUCGAAUGUGUAGCUUGUUCGAAAACUUUCGCAAGUGAAGCUAGUUGGGCGAACCAUGAGAGGAGCAAGAAACAUAAACAGGCUGUUUGGAGGUUGAAGAAGGAAAUGAUGGCCGAGGCCAGAGCUAUGGGGGAAUCUAGGGAGGUCUCAGAUGAGGAGGACGAGGAGGAAGAUGGUGAAGAUACAUUCGAAGAUGCCGAGAACGGCGAAGUGAUGGAAGAGAGUGAAAAUCAUGAAGCUAAAGAUGCAGAGAUAAACGCUUUGGAAGAGGAGUUGGUGGGCCUUGCUCUGGAAGAAAGUGAAGAUGUGGACUAUCCCUCGAAGAAAUCGAAGAAGAAAGCCAAGAAGGCUAGGAACGUACCUACACCUCAGCAUUUGUUGGAUCCUGAACCUGAAAGCUUACCUACAACUCCUCGGCCGGACGAUACUCCUGAAAAUGAUGAUGAUGAUCAAAGUGAUGUGCCCGACAGCGAGAAAACGCCGGAGUUGUCGAAGAAGGAAAAGCGAAGAGCCAAAGAGGCACGUAAGAAAGAGGAAGAAGAAGCUCGAAAGGUGGCAUUGAAAGAAGCUAGGAAAGCAGCUAAGAAAGGUCGUGGAUCUGUACCUGCACCUGCACAGAAAGGAAAAGGGAAAGCUAAAGAUGAUGGAUUUACGAUGCCUAAGCAGAAGGGGAAGCCCAAUAAGGGUAAAGGAAAGGUCGAACAGGUGGAUGAGUUCAGCCAAGAGAAAAUCGAUAAAGUCGUAGAAGGGAUUAAAGGGAAAAGAGAAAAGAUGAUAGAGAAAUGGGGUGAUGACUGGACAAGUCUGAUUACAAAACUGCAAGAUAUACUUGAUCGUAAUUCCGCACCUGACGGUAUAGGCGUGUUGUGCUUGGGGAUCGGUAAACCAUUCUCAGAUAGAACAGCUCUGAUACAGCUUGCCUUACUGUUGGAAUUGGCUGAUUCUCUGGGUUGCCCGACUUCAAGCAUUGAGGUAUUUGACCCAGUAUCAGAUGAGGGAGAUAAGAGGAUCCUUUUGGCAUUUGGGAUUGAUCAUCUUGAGGAGAAUCUUAUGGGAAAGCAUGCCCUUUCACCUACCAAAGCGUAUCUUCUAUACCUACCUCACGCACCUAAACAGCUGUACGAGUCCCUUCUUCAGGCCAACUUUGGACCGUCUCUAGGAGAUAAACCGGGUCGUAUUCUACUCGGAAAUGACCUUGCGGAAUAUAUACCUGGAUUUGUAAGAGCCAACGGAGAGGAGAAAAAGGAGAAUGGGGCAAGUGAGGAGGGAGAGUUCGUCAAAGCGAAGAAGAAGAGGAGAGGAAAGGGAGAUGGACAUAGGGAGAUCAAGGAUGGUGUUCUGCAGAGACUUGUCCCGAACAUGUCGAUACUGCAUUUCAACAGUGCAUUACCAGAAACCAAUUUACCUGGAUUUGCGAGAGCGUUCUUAUCCCUUGCCUUUCAAUGGAUAGAUUCUGAUAAUGUAGAUAAAGUAGAUUGGGAGAAGGAGUUACCUGAAGUUGAUUGGGCGGAUGGAGAAGUCAUUGGGUAG